CAAUGCGAUCAAUGAGGCUGAAAUCCUUCCGCGCCGAUCGCGACGUCAAUGAAUCAAUGCCCCAUCGGGUCUGCCCUAAUCGGGUACCCGACGAUGACAGCUGAGUGAACAAGAAAGAUGACUCAAGAAAAUGCCCAGCCGCAAUGCGCCACACCUUGGAGCCAAUCGUAGAGUCAUGGUGGAAUGGAAAUCACAAAUUUUGAUGAUUCAGGCACUUGUUGCGUUGCAGUGAAUUGAUGUCGACCCAGUCCACCCGUCUUUCUGCCUUGCGGACCUGUGCUGCCUACGGGAGGAAGUGGGAACUUAUAAGGAUGUGAGAACACCCUCGAUGGUCGAUGGAUAAAUCACUCAGGGAAACAGGAAGUCAAUUGACCCGAUUAUUCGAGUCGUUCAUUCCUUAGGUUUCUUUCCUCUCUCUUGUUGGCGUUUCUUGAGACCCUGAACAGACGGGCCCUGAGUAUAUACACAGUGCAUGUCGGAACACCUUCAAAGUCUCUGAUUGAAACCAGCCAAAGCCAUCAUGGAGUCGACGCAACUUUCAAGCACCAUCAAUAAGACCAAUAUGAACUCUACCACUCCCCCCCUUCUCUCUCCCUCCGACACUGCCCUCCUCGAAGCCUUCAUCCCAGGCUACUCCUUCAUCUCGAGAUUCCUCAUUUCUUACCUCCAUAUCGACCUCUCUCUCUACCUACCCUAUAUACUCACCUACAUCGCCAUCGCUGCGGUGCUCAAAUACUCCUUUUCCAAGCUCAAGGGAGUCAUGGAAACCCACCUCAUCGCAACGGCCGAAAUCCGUCUCGACGACGAGAUCUCUAACUAUCUCCUCUACUGGAUGGCGCAGCAGCCCUUCGCGAACCGGAGCACGCGGUUCGUCGCCGCAACGCGGAUCUCCACUCAAUCGCACUAUUACGACUCCGACGAAGAGGACGACGAAUGGGGCGAGGAAGACGAGUACGACGAGGAGGGGAACGUGAUCAACAAUUUCGACGAGUACUGGGCGAAGACACGCAAACGGGACAAGUUCAAGCGACUGAGGUUCACGCCCGCGGAGGGGACGCACUACUUCUUCUUCCGCGGUCAGCUACUGGCCUUUGUCCGGGCGAAGGGCGACAAGAAGUCUUCUUCGUCCUCUCGGUGGGGCGCGCGCUUCGAGACGGAGAAGUUGUAUCUGUCGUGUUUCGGCCGCGACCCUGCCAUCCUGAAGGAGUUGCUGGCUGAGGCGCAGCGAGUGUAUGUUGCCCGCGACGGAAACAGCACCAUUAUCUAUCGCGGGCAGAAGAGCCCCGGUGAUUAUGUUGAUUGGUCCCGCUGUAUGGCGCGCGCUCCGCGUCCUCUGUCAACGGUUAUCUUGGACCAGGCGCAGAAGGAUGCCUUUGUUGAUGAUAUUAAGGAGUAUCUGCAUCCCCGCACGAGGAGGUGGUAUUCGAACCGGGGGAUCCCAUAUCGACGGGGUUAUCUGCUCCAUGGACCGCCUGGCACGGGGAAAACGAGCUUGUGCUUUGCGGUGGCUGGGCUGAUGGGGCUUCCUUUGUAUCUUCUCAAUCUGAGCUCGAAGUCCUUCAACGAAGAUGACCUCAUGUCUUUAUUCCAGGAGCUCCCCCGCCGGUGCAUCGUCUUGCUUGAGGACGUGGACUGCGCCGGUAUCACGCAGAAGCGAGUCGGCGACGGCGGCGAUGACUCGACGGCGAAGCCCGCCGAUGGCAAGGAAGGCGAUGCGCCCGAGGAGGCUGAUGCCGAUUCCUCGAAACAGGGCGUCUCGCUCUCCGGUCUCCUGAAUGUGAUCGAUGGCGUGGCCGCCAGUGAAGGCCGCAUCCUGGUCAUGACGACAAACCACCCCGAGAAGCUCGAUCCGGCUCUGCUGCGGCCUGGUCGGGUCGACAUGUCGAUUCAAUUCGGGUACGCCGAGCCCAGUGACAUCAAGGAGCUUUCUACGGCCAUCUAUUCCACGCUCGAGGGUGAUGUACGGUCGGCAAGGGCGAAGCGACCCAAGGGGAAGAAGGAACAGGUGACGUCCGAGGUCCCAUGGCAUCAGUUCUCGCGGAAGCAAAUCCAGAGCUUGGCAGAUGAGUUCCUUGCGCUAGUGCCAGGAGGGCAAUGCACUGCUGCUGAGAUCCAGGGGUAUCUCCUGAACUACAAGAGGGACCCCCAAGCUGCUAUCGAAGGGGUCGAGGAAUGGGCGCGAAGCAUCCGAUCGAAACGGGAGGGGAAAACCGAAGCAACCGUGAAGUCAGACUAGUAAUAACUGCAUGAGAUGAGUGGAUGAUUUUGUACACUGCAUAUAGAGAUACCCAAAGGUCCUGCCCGUUUGACCCAUUUGUGCAUAUAGAUAGUGAAAAUGAAAAGCUCGAACUUUGUUCUAGACCCCUCAGAUGUAACUGUCGUACUACAGAGGAUACCAAGGCAUGUAACCAAGCU